CCCAAAAGUGGGCCGAGAAAGGAAUUGAGAAGUUGGUGCGCCAAUGGUUCGCAUCAGCGCGGGACGCCCAACGCCGAAGUGGUACACAAACAGUACUCCCAUGCCAUAGAAGAGCAUGAUCAGUUCAUAGCCGACUGAUCGAGAGAAUGGAAAUCCAUGAAAUCGAGAAAGAUGAAGAUGACGGACCUCCUCCUGGAUGGGAACCCAUCACCCCACCGUUGCCGCAACCGCCGCCGCAGCCACUUUCUUCUGAUAUGGCCCAAAUGGUUUGUGGUACCUGCCGUCGCCUGCUUAAGUAUUUAAAGGGAGCUAGAUAUGUUCAGUGUUCUUGCUGUUCAACAGUCAACUAUGUGCUAGAAGCGCACGAAGUUGGACAAGUGAAAUGUGGUUCUUGUGCAGUGUUGCUUAUGUACCCGUAUGGAGCAUCAUCAGUUAGGUGUUCCUCGUGUACUUGUGUGACAGAAAUUGGGGUGCAUAACAGACGUCCACCGUGGUCUGUUCAGCAGGGACAAGCAGCCCCUCCUACAAACUCUGUGCAGUAGAAUCUGUUCAUGUAUGAUAUACUUCUGCGUAGGAAAAGAUGUGACAUUUUGUGAAGUUUUCUUUUCCGUUGCAGCCUUAAUCAGCACACAGGGAAGGAGAUCAACAUUAUUAUCACAGGCACUUUUAUUUCUUUAUUGAAAGAAACCUAGGAACUGACCUUCCCAACUUCUAACGUGUUUUUAUCUCAAGUUUGCCUUGUGACUUGACUUCCUGCUUAUAUUCAUUUUCUAUGCCGCAACCUUUGAGAUGUUCUUCAUUGUAAAUGAUUAUCUUACUAAGUUGAAGCAGCAUUGAGGACUAAAUUUUUUCUAAA